AUGGCGUUUGCUGCUUCGCUGCUCGGCAGCUUCUUUGCUGCCCCCAAAGAUGAACAAGGGGAGGGCCCCGAAGCAGCAGCAGCGCCAGCUGCUGCUGCUGCCGGAGGCGCAGCAGCAGUGCCGGCUGCUGAUGCUGCUGGGGACGCAGCAGCAGCAGGGCAAGCGGCGGAGACGGCGGGGGAGCUGUCCGCUGCAGCAGCAGCAGCAGCAGCAGCAGCAGCAGCAGCAGCGGUGACGGAGGACGAGAUGCUGCCGAUAGGCGAAGCCGUGCCCGAGGGCGAGCACGUGCGCACGCUGCGCAUUUACGGCAGACCCCCCGCAGCAGCAGCAGCAGCAGCAGCCCCCGCUGCAGCAGCAGCAGCAGCAGCAAACUGCCGCGAAGUGCACGUGCUGCGGGUCUUUCGAGAGCCAGAUAUUAUGAUUGCUCCAGACUUAAUUACUGCAGACCAAUGUGACCAUUUGCUGCAGCUCGCAGAAGGCAAAUGGACCCGCAGCAAAACCAGCAUCGGCACCACUUCCGCUCCCCAGAGCGCGUACAAAACCGCAGAAAGCCUCACGCGGACUUCGGAGUCGGUGCUGCUGCAGGAGGCGCAGACAGCAGGAGUUGCUGCUGUCGAGCUGCUGGCCUGCGCGCUCGCGCAGCUGCCGCUGCAGCACUUGGAAGCUUUGGUCUUAGUCAAAUAUCAGAAAAACCAGUUUUUCAAAGAACACCACGACGGCUCCUUCCGGCCCAAAACUGUCCUCCUUUACCUCAACGACGUGGAAGAGGGGGGCGAGACGCACUUCACGCGGCUGGGUUUGAAAAUCGGACCCUCGCGGGGCUGUGGGGCCCUCUGGGCCAACAGGGGCCCCCAGGGCCUCAUGGACUUGAGGACUUUGCAUGCAGGAGUUGCUCCUCUCCGCGGCAGCAAAUUCGUUGUCAAUUGCUUCUUCAACGAGGCCGUGGUGAGGCCGGCGCACCCCGAGAGGCCCCUGCAGCAGCAGCAGCAGCAGCAGCAGCAGCAGCAGCAGCAGCAGCAGCAGCGGCAGCAGCGGGGGGCGCAGGGAAGCGCAGGGGCGGGCCUGCAGGGCGCGGACGACGCGGGAAGAGGCGAAGGCAGCGAGACUAGCAACAGGCUGCUGCAGGACGUACAGCAGCAGCAGCAGCAGCAGCAGCAGCCGCAGCAGCAGCAGCAGCUGCAGCAGCAGCAGCUGCAGCCUGCGGUCAACUUCGGGGGGCUCUUCAACAGCAUGCCGCCUGUGAACAAACAUGUCAGUUUCUCUCCCGUGAUGUCGCCGAUGCAGCAGCAGCUGCUGCACCAGCAGCAGCUGCAGCAGCAGCAGCAGCGGCUGUUGCUGCUGCUGCAGCAGCAGCAGCAACACGCUCCCUUCUACUCCACCUCCCCUGCUGCAGCAGGAGGGAACCCCAAGCUGCCGCUGGCGCCCUUGGGGCUCCCUUUUGCUCCCCAGGGCUGUUCUGCCUGGGGGCCGCAUGCAGCAGCUCGUGCUGCUGCUGCUGCUGCAGCAGCAGCAGCAACAGGUCUUCCGGCUGGCCGCAGGUGGGCCUGCAACGCCCCUUCUACAGGAGCCUGA